AUGUGGGGAGAUGCAAGUAUCAUACCCAGCCCACGCCAUCAACAUGUCCAGCCCACGCCAUCAAAGCGUCCAGCCCACGCCAUCAACACGUCCAGCCCACGCCAUCAACACGUCCAGCCCACGCCAUCAACAUGUCCAGCCCACGCCAUCAAUACGUCCAGCCCACGCCAUCAAUACGUCCAGCCCACGCCAUCAAUACGUCCAGCCCACGCCACCCCUCAGCCCACGCCACCUACACCUCCAGCCCACGCCACCCACACUUCAGCCCACGCCACCGACCCCUCCUCACGCCACCAACAAGUCAGCCCACGCCACCAACACGUCAGCCCACGCCACCAACACGUCCAGCCCACACCAUCAACACGUCCAGCCCACGCCACCAACCCCUCCAGCUCACGCCACCAACACGUCCAGCCCACGCCACCAACACGUCCAGCCCACGCCAACGUCCAGCCCACGCCACCAACACGUCCAGCCCACGCCAUCAACACGUCCAGCCCUCCACCAAACGUCCAGCCCACGCCACCAACACGUCCAGCCCAUGCCACCAACACCCUCCAGCCCACGCCCAACACCUCCAGUCCACGCCACAACACUCCAGCCCACGCCACCAACACGUCCAGCCCAUACCAACACGUCAGCCCACGCCACAACACCCUCCAGCCCACGCCACCAACACCUCCAGUCCACGCCACCAACACGUCCAGCCCACGCCAAGAACACCUCCAGCCCACGCCACCAACACGCGACGGUUCUCCAACGUGGCCUUCCUCUAUUUCUUCCUCGACCCUCUCAAUUCUUCGGGUCCACUCCAGCUUGGCCAACAAACUCCUUGCACCCCCAGACCACAUAGCACUGGCGCAUCCUGAUGAGUAUCCCUCGGGAGCUAACUUCCUGUAUUGCUUUCCCCUAAAAGAUUUCCUUGUGGUCACAGUGAGUAAGUUAUUGGAGGAAUCCCCAGCUAUCUACCUCUUGGUCAACCUCAUGGCCCGGAAGGAUCCCCGACGUAUGGGUUACAGAGAACAACAUGUAGGGAUUGACCCGUAA